UUUAUAUAUUUAUAUAAUAUCAAGUGUAAACCAGUACAUGCACUGUAAUGGCGUGCAUCUCGAUACUCUCUCGUGCCUUUGCAGUCCUGCCGCUCUCCCCGUCAGAAGAGGGGAAGACGUAGCCAAACCAAACCAGUUAUUUAAUUUAUCUCUCAGAGAUCUGAAAUUCCCGAAGAUCUGUUUGACCCAAACACGGUGUUGUUGCUCUAUUCAUGUGGGUAAUCUUUCAUUUAGUAGGAUCAAAGUUGGAGAUUUGUAGUUUGUUUUUGCGGUUUUGGGUUUUUUAAAUACUGUUGGUAACGAUGGAUGGAGAUAAUAGUUUGAGAAUGCGUCAUUGGGGUUACUAUGAACCAGCAAGAAGCCAUCUUGGUCUUCAGCUCAUGUCCUCCAUACCCGAAAAACCACUAAUUGGGGGACGCAAUGCUGUGGCCAUGGCUAGUGGGAAUGGAGCUUUUCAGCAUAGGGAUCUUGGGGUUUCGCAUUCAGGAUUCCCCAUGGAGUUCGUCAGGGAUGCUUGGAUUAAUCAGAGAGAGAGAUACAUUAAUGUGUUACCUGGAUACCCUGGUUAUGGGGGUUUGCCAGAGACAUCCUCAGCUCAUCAUGUAGACAUGGUUCUACCACCUGAUUUGCCCAAGGAAGAAAAGACGGUGAGUGCAGAAGAGACGGGAAUUGAGAAGGAAAACGGACCUAUUAAGAAAAGGCGGGCAGUCAGCCCGAAAUCCCCCAAAGAGAAGAAAACUAAGAGCCCUCGUCCACCAAAGACGGGAAGUGGUACUUCAGCUCCGCGAGCAAGGACCGCCACAAAGAAAACCACGGAGAUUGCUAUUAAUGGGGUUGACAUGGACAUAUCAGGGAUUCCCAUACCUGUUUGCUCAUGUACUGGGACACCACAGCAGUGUUAUCGAUGGGGCUCUGGUGGGUGGCAAUCUGCUUGUUGUACCACUGCUAUGUCAAUGUAUCCCUUGCCAAUGAGCACCAAACGACGUGGAGCUAGGAUUGCAGGUAGAAAAAUGAGUAUAGGAGCUUUCAAGAAGGUUUUAGAGAAACUUGCAGGAGAAGGUUACAACUUCACUAAUCCGAUCAAUUUGAGGACCUACUGGGCUAAACAUGGUACAAACAAGUUUGUCACCAUCAGGUAGAUGUACUCAGUGGAUCUUCAUAAUGAUAUUCAAUUACGUUCAGCAUGUAUAUAUGUAUCCGUCUCCUAGCAGAGGCAUAUUCCCAAUGAAUCUUAUGUCAUGCUUUAUGUUUUAUAGAUACAUCAUUCUGUUCUCCUUCCUUCUCGUGUUUAGGAAAUUUCAAUUCUAAGAAAAAGGGAUGUAAUGCUAAAUGUAUUGGAUUCUUGCAGCAAAAGUUUUCUUCCUGACCAAAA